CUUCUAGCUUCCAUAGAUAGAUAGAGCCCUCUGCAGUCUCGCUGUUGCCUUUUGCACGGCUGCAUCUCUAACAUCUCUGGGUGUUUUUAGCCCUCUUUUCUAAACUACGCCACUUUCACGCGUUUCUCAAAUCGAGCAUCAUCCAAACCGUAUAGCCAACAUGACAGAAGCAGAGGUGACGGAUAGCCAGCCCAAAACCAAUGGAAACGUACACCCAGACAUCAACACAGAAGACGUAUUUGAUCCCACGUACAAAGAGAAAGAAGGGCCCAAACCACCGCUAAACCUCGUAUGGAAAAACGUGUUUUUAAUGGGGAUGUUGCAUUUAGGAGCGUUAUACGGCCUCUUUCUCAUCCCGGCCGCAUCUACGAACACCCUUCUAUGGACCGUGGUGUGCUACGUAAUCAGUGCUUUGGGGAUCACUGCUGGAGCUCACCGUCUCUGGAGUCACAGGUCGUACAAGGCCUCCCUCCCCCUGAGGAUCUUCCUGGGAGUCGCCAACUCCAUGGCUUUUCAGAACGACAUUUUCGAGUGGGCACGAGAUCACAGAGUCCACCACAAAUACUCGGAGUCAGACGCGGACCCCCACAACGCCAAACGUGGAUUCUUCUUCGCGCACAUCGGCUGGCUCCUGGUCCGAAAACACCCCGACGUCAUCGAGAAGGGGAGCAAGCUGGAGCUGAAGGACCUGACCUCAGACCCCGUCGUCAGGUUUCAGAGGAAGUACUACAAGCCGUCGGUGGUGAUCAUGUGCUUCCUGGUGCCCACUCUGGUGCCCUGGUAUUUCUGGGGCGAGUCUCUGUGGGUGUCGUACUUCGUGCCGUCUCUCCUGCGUUACACGGUGGUCCUGAACGCCACGUGGCUGGUGAACAGCGCCGCUCACAUGUGGGGGAACAGACCCUACGACAAACACAUCAACCCCCGCGAGAACAAGUUUGUGGCUUUCAGCGCCAUCGGUGAGGGUUUCCACAACUACCACCACACGUUCCCGUACGACUACGCCACCAGCGAGUUCGGCUGCAGAGUGAACCUGACCACCGCCUUCAUAGACCUGAUGUGCUGGUUAGGCCUGGCGUCGGACCCCAAGCGCGUGUCCCGGGAACUCAUCAACUCCAGAAUACAGCGCACUGGAGACGGGUCGCACCGUGGCUGAGAGACUGCCCACGCGGCGGCCAUUUCGGAGAGGGCGUUAAUUACAGAAACACAAAAUAAGCGUCAUGUUGAUAGUUUUCAUAGGGCAUCAUGCGACAUUCAGCGGAGGUCAAAUUUCCAUGGCGACACUUAGCGGGCAAUGCUAACUGCUAGCGUUAGCGAUAUCUGAUCUGAAGCUACUUACAUUAGGCUUAUUUUAGUGUCACAAAACUGAAAUUUCAAACUUUAUUUCGAUACUAAGGAAAAGGCUUCGUGCUCGAUACUGAUUUUACAACUGUAAUUAAUCGCAAAUAUGUUUUUAGAAUUUUUUUAAAAGGUAAUUUUCAACACAAAAUAAAUAGUUUCUUUAAUAUUACCAUGUGGUCUUAUACUAGUUCUAAAACUAUUCAGGAAAAGUCCAAUUUUGUCUUAAUUUUACGCAAUUUUUCAGUUCUUAAAAUAGUGUCCAGUGGCGAUGCUAGUUUUAGCAUUGAAUAUUUGACAACUUUGCGUAUUUUUUUAACAUAAUUGAGCUUUAAGAACAUAUUUAGUUGAACCAAGUGAGCUAAUUUCUGCUUUUAUAAACAAGUUCUUCUCAAAAAACAUUCAAAUCACAAGCUAGCGUUAGCCUGUAUAUAGAUAACUGUUAUAUUAGCGUUAUUAGCAGUAGCCAACUGACGUUUUUUUCAGUUAGCUUUAGGUUUAGCCUUUAUUUUGAAAAACAAAUGCGUAAAACAGGACAAAAAACGCAUAUAGAUCACAAGUAAGGUUAAUUUUUUUGUUUUUUUAAUUUUAUUUUUUGAUAAUAAUGCCAUGGUAACUGACCUCCUCAUGUGAUCACUGAAAACUAUCAAUAGUUUUAACAGCUAAAAGCAUUUUCCAUAAUCCCGCGGAGAGAGGAAUAAAUCGCCAACUCCGCCAGGGUUUUUUUUCUUUUUAAUUUUUACCACAUUUUGCUUGUUUUUUGUGGUUUUCCGUAGCCGUAACUCAAGAAAUUGUUCAACGUGAGAGAGACAUAUAAUUCGCAAAAAGUUCUUGGCCUUUUUUGUUUAAUUGUAAAAUCGCAAAAUUAGGAUCCAAGACCCGAUUGCGUUAACUGUACGAUAUGAUACAAAGACGUUUUAGAUUUUUGAAGUAAUUUUAACUUUUCAUCCUCUGCAGUUUCGCUAUUUUUGGUGUGCAUUUUUUCAUGCAAAAUCAGUCAUGUAGCCAACCAUUUUCUGUAAGUAUUAUACGCAACUAAUAUUCAGAUUUAAGACGUCGUGGAGUAAAUGUGGAGCUAGGCUACUUAAGAAGGAUUUUGGGAAAUGAUCAGAGACUGUUGCCUUCAGGGCCCCCUUCAAACCUGGGAAAUCACACAAUCCGCGAGACAUUUUUACAGUGGCCAGUUUUUAUGUUUACGAUUUUUAGUUAAGUUUUUUGUCCUACUCAUUCAAAAGGACAUGGAUAUUUUUGUCCAUACAUAAACACAAUAUCAAAUUAUCGAGUUAUAACAAAGUUUUAUCGUCCGCGAACCGGGAAGUAAGGCUGGUGCUCUGUUAGAAUGCUAGUUGUUGUUAGCACUACCGGCAAAACUUCGCUUUUGCCUCUGAAAUUUGUGAAAUAUGCCUAUAAACAGAGAAUAAUUCUGAUGCUUUUACAUAACAUUACAUCAAUUCAAGACUUUAGUGUAGUAGUUGAAGUAGUAGUAUAAAUAGUAGUAGUAGUACUUGUAGUAGUUUUUAUAUAGAGCCAAUAUGGACCAAAUAUAUUUAAAAAGCCUUAUGUAUUUAAUUAAAACCUGUAAACAAAUACAUUUUAAUAUAUUUGACAGUCACAGAUACUAUUUUUCUUUAAGUAAGCAGAUAUUAAUAUAUAAAAAGUAAUGUUGAUAAUCAAUUUCAUAAUUAAACAAACUGUAGUUAUAAAAAAAAUAAAAUAUAACCAAGUUUUGAAGCAAUUAGAACGGACGUGGACGUUAAAAAACGCUAAGAAUCCAGGCGUUUGAAUCUGGCCACAUGUAUUUUAAUGGGAGCUGGAUUUAAAUGCCCGGUUUGAAGGGGGCAUUUGACACUGUCACAGUUUACAGAGAGUUUUUACAAAGAAGUUCGAGACAUGUUCAAAUCGCUGGCUUUAAAAUAAAUAAAUACAUAAAUAAAUAAAGAUGACGGCACAUAAUUUAUCAGAAAAAGGGAAUCCAGACCCAACCCAAAACAACCUGCAUAAAUAAACAAGAUGUUAUCAGAAAUGCACAAUGUUACCGUAUUGUUAAAGUGCAAUUGUUCCGUUAUUAAGUUUUGAAAUAAAGAUAUAUUAAUUUUAAGAUUACAAAGUACAUUUUUAAAAACUUUUCUGGUCUUUUCAGUCUUCCAUCUUCUUGUUUCCUUGGAGAUGUUAUUGCUUUGGCUUGAAUAUUCCACCGUAUGGCAUUAAACGUCUUACAUUUAUCGCAGAUGUUUUAUUGUUUAUCUUGAAAACCGUGCAUUCUCACCAGGAGCAGGCUCGCCUCUCCACAGAUCCGAGCUGUGACUUGGUCUAGAGGUGUGACCUAUAGCCUGUCUCCAUGGUUUUUAAUGCUGUACGUUGGAACAUUCCAGGCAAAACAAUAGCAUCUCCGUGGAAACAGGGAUCAGCAUCUAUUCUACAAUUUGGAAUUUUUUGAAUUUUAUCGAUAAGCCACGUUAAAAACUCUGGAAAAUCAAAUUCAGUGUUUAUGAAAUUUGGACUAAUUCGAAGGGAUGGAACAAGAUUUCGUACACACAUAGUGAAAACGAUCCUGUGAGAUUUUUUCCUCACGUUUUACGUUUGGAUUGAAAAACUAAAGUACUGACGAGUUACGUAUUUGAGAAAAAGCAGAUCUACAAUGACAGCAGAAAAUGUUGAGACUAAAAUUGGGAAGUGAAAUGCACAAAGUUUUUAAUAUAACCUAAAAAAUUUCAAAAUCUCGUCUUGUCUCGUUUAAUCCGGACAUUUUUAAGCAUUCAAAUUUGAGAUAAAACUGAAACAAAUUCAAGAAUCCCACAUUUGAGCUUUAUCAACCAUAAUAGAGGGUAAAAAUAUUAGUUUAAAAAAAUUUAAAGUUAGCUGAAAAUUUUGGAAAAAAUAUCAAUUUUGAUUCAGUUUUUUGUCAAAUAUUUCAGAUAGAUUUGCAGUUUAUAAAAUGUAUAAUUUGAACAUUUUACAGCAUUCACACUUGGGAUAAAGAAUUGUAUCUCAUCCCAUCUUUACUAAUUAUCAAAGUUACCACCAGAAGAACUGCUAUUAUAUAUAAAAUUAACUUAUUUUAGUGUAAUUAUUUUUGUAAUUCUACUUUUUUGUCAAUCCAUAUUUCAAUUUUACCAUUUGCGUUUACAUUUUACGUUUUCGUGAGAUGUUGGAAACUGUCAAAAACGAAUACUGCCAUAUUAUAAAAAGGAUUGGUAAAAGGAAAGUUUUUUUUUUUUUUUUUUUCUACUUUCUAGUCACAAAAUUUGGUUAAAAAGUUAUUAGAAAUACAACCAUCUGUGCAUGACAAUUUUGUACGUAUCAUAAUUUCAAAAUAUUAGUUCAAAACAGUCAAAGAGUUUUGGUGAUGGUCUGGGGUCCCUUUGACGUUCUGCCAAUACGACAUAGUUUGAGUGUUUGGAAAUGUGUUUUAAUGUAAGAAUUAUUUAUGUUGUUUUGUUAUUUAUUGUUUAUUCAAAUGGCCUCUGAUUGCUGCAUUCAAGAUUGAGUAAUUUGAACAAGCUGAAAUUCAAGUAAGAAGAGAAGGCGUGUCCCUCAAUGUCGACCAAUGGGAGCUUCAUUAGGAGAAAAAUUAUACUUGUUGCUAGGCAGAAAUCAAAACCAGUUCAAUUCAUUUCGAUCAUCCAUUUAGAAACCCUUAUUUUGUGGAAACUUUUAAACUAUUAUUUUUAUUUUAUAAUUUUUCAGAUACUCCAGUGGCUUUGUAUUAAGGCCACUAUCAAAACCCCAUUGUUUUUCAAUAUAUGAUUAACUUUAUCAACCAUAAAAGAGAGAAAGAAAAUUAGUUGAAAUGUAAAAGUUGGCUGAAAAAUUUGGCAAAAAGUAUAAAAUCUUAGCCUAUUUUUUGACAAAUAUUUCAGAUAGAUUUGCAAUUUAAAAAAAAUAAUAAUCUGGACAUUUUACGGCAUUCACAUUUGAGAUCAAACUGAAACUAAUAUAAGAAUCCCAUGUUUGAACUUUAUCAACCAUAGAAGAGGGAAAAAAUAUUAGUUAAAAUUUAAAAGUUGGCUGAAAAAUUUUGAAAAAAAAAAAUAAAAUUUGAUUCAAUUUUUUGCCAGAUAUUUCAGAUACAUUUGCAGUUUAUAAAAUUUAUAAUCUGGACAUUUUACAGCAUUCACAUUUCAGAUAAAACCGAAACUAAUACAAGAAACCCAUGUAUUUCAGAGCACAUUUAACAACGUCUAAAUAUCUAAUUGCAAUUUUUGUUUUAAUUAUAGGAUUCUUUUCAAAGUUCACAUUUUAAACACGUCCAGAAGUAGCAAAAAUAUGGAAAUAUGAGCUGACAAACAACACAAGAGUCACAUUUCUGAACGUAUUUGUACCUAAAAAACACUAUAUUCUCUGAUCACUGCCUAUUUUCUUUAUAAAUAUUGUAAGAUCCCAUUGUUUGACAUUGAAAGUGGGCGUGUCUUCUCCUGUACUUUCUCCCGUUGUCAGGACAUAUACCUAAUGCCUUAUAUAUGACCACAUUUCUGAUCUCCUCUCUGUUUAAAGGCAACCGUAGCACCACAAACACGCAGGUACUGUCAUUCAAAUACAAAAUACAAAACAAUACCAUGAUCACAGGUGGGUAGAGUGGACGUAUAUUUACCGAAACACCAUUAAUUUAACAUUUAAGUGUGCUCAAGUAGUCCAAACAUUACUCAAAUUAAAUUACACAGGUAUUUCUUUAUAUACGGACAGAUAAACAAAUAAAAAUACACAAAUAAAUGAAAUUACUGGGUUAAUUUUUCUUCAUUUUCCAUAAUCUGAAGAAGUUAAAGAAGCACUGCGUAACUUUUCUAGUGGAAUUUAUGCCACCUGCUAGUCUCCAUGGAAGUGCUGUUGCUUUGGCCUGGAAUGUUCCACAGUAUGGCAUUAAACUUAAUCGAUGACAGGUGUUUUUUUUAAUUGCAAAAAUAUACCUUAAAACAUGCAUUCCUACUAUGAGCCGGCUUGCCUCGCCACAGAUCUGACCUGUAACUGGGCCUAGAAGAGCCCACUUUUGGUCUCCAUAGACUUAGAUGGGUUUAAUGCUAUACUGUGGGACAUUUCAGGUGAGUGAAGCAAUACAGUAAAUUCUACUAUGAGUAACAAUGUGUAAAAGUAGUUAUUCAGUCUGGAGUCACCAACUUAAAUUAUUAACAAUUUGAAAGUUAUUUUUUAGUUGUGAUGUAAUCUGAAAGACAAAAAACAUACAAUAAUGUCAAAAUGUAUUCUAAUUGAUAAAUAAAUACCCUGUUGCUAUGGUAAAGUAUAAUAUUCACAAAUGUUAAAAUCUUUGUAAUGUCAUUUAAAGUUUUUGUCACUUUUGGUUUAAGUUCAUCGAACACAGAAUUACCAAAAGUAAAUUACUGAAGUUCAAGUAAAGAAGAAGAAGAAAAAAAAAUAGAAAAAUAUGAAAAAUUUGGCAAAAAAUACCAAAUUUGAUUAAAAAAAUUUCGCAAAUAUUUCAAUUAGAUUUGUAAUGUAUUUAAUUUUGAAUCAGGACAUUUUAAAGCAUUCAAAUGUUCAACUUAAAUUCAACUUAAAUCAUUAACAAAAGUAAAUUACUGGAGUUUAAGUAAUGGUAGGAAAAAAAUACAAAAAAAUUUGAAAAAAAUAUUAAAUUUGAUUAAAAAAAUGUUGGCAAAUAUUUCAAUUAGAUUUGCAAUUUAUACAUUUUUUAAUCACAACAUUUUAAAGCAUUCACAUUUUCAACUUCAAUUCAACAUAAAUUAUUAACUAAAGUAAAUUACUUAAGUUCAAGUAAAGGUAGGGGCGAAAAAUAUGAAAAAUACGAAAUAUUUGGGAAGAAAUAUCAAAUUUGAUUAAAUUUUUUGACAAUUAUUUGAAUUAGAUUUGCAAUUUAUUUAAUUUUUAACCAGAACAUUUUAAAGCAUUCCCAUUUUCAAUUUAAAUUCAAGUAAAUAUAAGUGAUUUCUACCCACCUCUGAUUAUAAUCUAAUCUCAAAAUACAAACUUUAUCUCUCACGUACUGUUAGAAAAAAAAUAAACGUGCCAACAAAAGUCCAUAAAAACACAAAAGGUUCAGACUUUAGCUGGAAGGUGCUCGGAGAAUGUGUUUUGGAAGCACCACAGAAGCUAAGAUAACGUUAGCAUCCCACUGAAACUGGAUCGAGAGGUUGUCAGUCUGAAUGAACUGUAUUCUGUUAUAAAUAAAGUUACACAAUAUUUUCAAAA